UUCUCUCUCUCUCUCUCUCGUGAUCGCCGGAGGUCGAGCCGAGACCUCGCGGGUGCCUCGCAAGGCGCGCUCUGCCUUCGACCAUCGUAAGGCGGAUCUUCCAGUUGAUUCAAGAAAUGGUUGACGAUGCGGCGACGGAGCAGCGGAAGGAGGCGGCCGUGGUGCUGACGCCGCCGCUGGCGCUGGAGGGAGGGCUGGUGGAGGAGCACCAAACGCCCGGCCUCCUCCCACGGAUGCUCAGUCUUCUCCGCAACGUACGGCCAGGGUCCGAUCUCACCCACUUCCAGUUGCCUCCUCUCUUCAACAUGCCAAAAUCACAGCUCCAGUGCUAUGGGGAAUCAGUUUAUUGCAUCAAUGAGGACUACUUAACCAGGUGUCCCAGAGGAAAGAGCAGCCUUGAAAGAUUUACCUCAGUAGUUGCAUGGAGCAUAUCAACCAUGCGACCUGCGAUAUUUGGACUGGCUCCUUACGAUCCGAUUCUAGGAGAAACUCAUCAUGUCUCCAGGGGGUCCCUCAAUGUGCUCCUUGAGCAGGUCUCACAUCACCCUCCAGUGUCUGCUCUUCAUGCAACUGAUGCAAAAGAGAACAUAGAACUUAUAUGGUGGCACAACCUAGUUACCAGCUUUCAUGGCACCAGUGUCGAAGCUGUAAUCAAUGGAAAAAGGCAGCUGAAGCUUUUGACCUUUGGGGAGGACUAUGAGAUGGAUUCGCCCAACUUGGUAGUAAGAUUACUUCCGACUACUGGUGCUGACUGGCUGGGGGAUGUCAGAAUCAGGUGUAAAGAUUCUGAUCUGGAGGCCAAUCUCUGCUAUCACAAGAGUCAAUCGUUCCUUGGAUUUGGCGGGAAUUCAAGGUCUGUCAGGGGUAAUAUUUUUCACUCAAAGACAUCAAAGACUAUCUAUGAGAUCGAUGGCCAGUGGGACAGGAUUGUCAACUUGAAGGAUGUCCACAGCGGAGAAGUUACAGUCUUGUAUGAUGCCAUGAAGGCCAUCUCAAAACUCAAGACUCCUGUUCUUGAGGCUCCAGAGAACUUGUGGCCUACUGAAUCAGCCACAGUGUGGAGGGAAGUAAGCCAAGCCAUUUUGAACAUGGACUGGGAAAAAGCUUCAGAAGCAAAGAGAAGGAUAGAGGAAAAGGAGAGAGAGCUACAGAGAGAAUGGAAAUCUAGAGGGGAAGUAUGGGUUCCCAAGCAUUUCUCAGUAGCCCAUGCCAAGGACAAUGAGUGGGACUGCUGGCCCUUGGAGCAUUCAGUCCCACUAGCUCCAAUUGCUGUUCCUCCAUGAUACAUUACAAUUAGGUAUACUUAAUCCAUUUGUCAAUACUGUGAUAUAUACCCAAUUUAAUUAAAUUUAGCUUCUAGCUACAUAUUACUUCACACAUAAGAUGGUGUUUGUACUUUUAUCCAUCCAACAAUAACAACAAUAAGGUCAUGAGUCCUAACUA